AUGAGUCAAGGCGGCAGACGUAAAAAGGCUGGAUCUUCUUACCCUUGGUCUCAAAGAAAAUUAUGUCUUCUUAAUCCAUUUCCACGAUAUGGACACACCGCAUCAAAAAUGGCGUCUGCCAAUGACUUGCUUAUUUUUGGCGGUAUUAAUAUGGGAAAAUCUAAAAACGAUGUUUUUACUGUUGAAAUUGUAACAAAAAGAUGGAGUAGAAUUACUGUGAACGGUACAUCACCAAUUGGUCGAUAUGGACAUUCUGUGGCUGUUAUCGGAUCAAAAAUGUAUAUAUUUGGUGGUCGAUUCGAAGGAUAUUAUUUAAAUGAUUUAAAUCAGCAGGAAUUUCAACAGUAUACAGGCUUUCCAUUACCUCCAAUGACGGAACAUAGUCGAUCAACCCCUUCACCAACAACAAUUCCAAUGUCAGCGAGUCCUCGUGGUCCUAGUACUUCUCCGAAUCGUACUGGAAAUUCUUCUCCACGUGUAGGCGGUCCUAACACACAAGUCAAUAAUGAUAUGAAUGGCAGAGUAUCUACUCCAGAACAAGUAAUGCAUAUGGAUCGAAUGAACAGGUCUAAUUCUCCUCAGUCACGUAACAUGGAUAACCAUCGAAAACAAUCUCCAUCACCUGCUGGUGGUGGUGUUCGACAAAUUCAACAUAAACAGAGUAUGGAAAGGUUGCCGAUGAGUUCAUCUCCUACUGGUCCUUCACAACUAUCUUCACAAUACGCCGAAAAUCUUAAUAAUUAUAAUAAUGUGCAACUAGAUAAUAAAUCAAAUUUACAUGUAUAUCAAAAUAAUGGAUAUCGCCAUGGUGAUUUUACUAAUCCUCGUCCUGCUCCUCAACCUGUUUCACCUUCACCAAUUUCACAUAAUCAUAGUCCUAACCUCAAAGGAUCUUCUUCAGCGUUUAGUAGCACGAGUACAUUACCACAUAGUCAGGUACCUCAUGAUGGUAGUUCUAUGUCAUCACCAACAUCUUCGAAUUCAGAUACUCGCUCUCCAACAUCUGAUGCUGUUGAUCAUUCUUUAGAACGUAUAAUGAACUCUGAAAAUGGCGAUUUUAUAAAUGAACUACAAGAGCGAGAUAUGAGUAUUGCUGCAUUUAAGAAACGUGAGAUGUGGCUCAGAGCUGAAUUAGCAUUAGCGAGAAAAGCAGGAUAUACACCGGAAGUAGAUGCUGAUGUCGGUGUUCCUGAUGGCAUUGAUAUCGAUAAUUUGAUGGAUAUUUCUGAAUCUGCUCAAAUUGCUUCACAAAAAAUUACAGAUUCUGAAAGAGUUCGUACUGCUGCUCUACAAGAAGCUGCUUAUUUCAAAGCAAAACUUUCAGCAUUAACAAAUUCAUCAGAACAUGAUCUUAAGAUUCUUGAAGUUGAAAGAGCAACAGAGUUGGAGAAGCGUUUGACACGAGCUCUAACUGAAAAAGAGGCAGUUCAAAAUCAACUUAUUCAAUUGCAGCAAAAUUCAAAUUAUGAUAAAAAUUCUCGAGAGGCUGCUGAAGAACGUGCAAGAAUGGCUACUUCACGUGCUGAAGAAGCUGAAGAAGCACAUGCAAGAGCCUUGGCAGAAUUAGCAACUCUUCAUUCACGUGCCACCAACGCUGAAUCACAACAUCGUGAGACAAAAAGUCAAUUAUCAGAGUUAACUUUGGAAUUGAAUCGUAUUCGUGGAAAUUCACAUAAUCAAAUACAAUCUUUACAACAAUCCGUUGAACAACAUCAACGAGCUCUUGAAAAAGCGAAUGUAGCUAUUGCUGCUGCGAAUGAACGUGCAAGUGAAGCUGAAAGUUUGUGGAGGCAGGCACGUCAAGAUAUAUCGAAUCUCGAGAAAGAAGCUGCCGGAUUACGAUCUGAGUUGGACAUUAAAAUGAGAGAUUUAGAUCGUGCUGGUGCUAGGGCAGCAGAGAUGGAACGAUUAUUAGAUAAAACUCGACAAGAACGGGAUGCUGUUCGAGAUAUGAUGAAAGAUGGAAUGACAAAAUUAUUGAACAAUUCUCGUCCUAAUGAAGAUUUAUCUGUUCCAACUCGAGUUUCAAGUCAAGUAAUUCAUCUUGAACAAGAAAUAGAAACAUUAAAAAAUAUGAACGCUGAAACAAAAGAAUCAGCCGAAAAAGCUUCAAACUCACUUGCAAAUGCUAUGGAUAAGAUCGUACAAUUGGAAUCUGCACUUACUAAAGCACGUUCUGAAACUGCAAUGCUACAGCGGAGGUUAGCAGAGUCUUCAGACGAAGUAAUACGUACAAAAGGAAGAUUACGUGAAAAAGAACGUACUUUAGAUGAAAAAACGUGUGCUCUUGAAGAUGCUGAAAUCAAAGUUGGAAUGAUGAGAGAUGUAAUGGUUGAAAGAGGUAUACUGGAAGAUGUUACAAGUCAAGGAACAUUAGCUUCACAAUAUAAAGAACUAAUAUCAAAAUGUGAAGAAUUAGAACAAAGAGCACAACAUGAAGAAGAUAAAAGGAAACUUUUAGAAGAAGAGUUUAAACGUAUUAAUGGCAGAGGUCUCAACCAAGAUUCAUCACCUAAGAAUGAAAAUGAUUUAAGAGAAACUGAAAAAAAAUUGUCUGAAACUCAACAAAAACUUCAAGAAGCCCAAGAUAAGUUGACAAAAGCAGAAUUAAAUUAUAAUACUGCAACGCAUUAUGUACAAGGGACGGAAAAGAUGUUAAGGCGACUAAAAGAAGAAUUGCAUAGAAGUAAAAUCGAUUCAGAGAAUUUACAAAAGCAACUGAAGGUCGCACAGGAACGAAAUGAAGAGUUGGAAGAAAAACUUUCAGAGGUCCAAAACCAAGUGUCUGUACGCAAAGGUGUUCGUGAAUCAAAACUUCAGGAAUUUACCAAUAAACAGCUUGAAGUUCAGGCAGAAGAAUUUGGUCAAGAAAUGACUGAAGUGCAACAAAAAAUGAAAGAUUUGAUUGUACAAAUUGAUCAUGCACGAGAAGAGAAGAAAAUGUUGGACAUUUCAUAUGAAGCUUUACGCAAAGAAUACAAGACAAUGCAGAAGGAUCACAACGCCUUAAGGCAAACAAAUCAGGCGCUUAAAGAACAACUUCUACUUUCUACAAAUAAAGUAGAACAACUUAAAAAAGAGUUAGAUAACUCGAUGGCAUUGAAUGAACACUUAAAUCAGCAACUUGGCGAUGACUCGGGUAGAGUGGGUGAUAAUCUUUCAUCUAAUGGUAUGCUUAGACAUCAUGAGAGAUGGGAUGAACAACGUGGUGCACUCGAAAGGCAAAUUGCACAACUUCAUGAAACAAACAAAAAACUUGAAAGAGAAAAUAUAGACUUUGAACAAAAAUUACAUGAAUCAGAGAAUAAAAUAUCAUUAUUACUUGAUCAAAUGGAACAUGCAGUGGACAAUUAUCGUGUAAUUGAGGAUGGUAUAAAAUCGAGUCCAAGAGACUCAAACAUAAUUAAUUCUAUGACAAAUAAACUUGAUGAUGAACUCGAUGCUUUAAAUCGGUGGGGAAAUAUGAAUUAUGAUGAUGAAUAUUCUGAUGUUGAUUAUAUUAAUCAAAAAUGGAACAAAUUUCCAAAUGGAAUGGACAAUGAAAGUAGAGAUCAAUAUGAAGAUAUGAUUGCAGCAUUAGAAGAAGUACAAAAAGUAGCGGCAGCUAAUCGAAAAUAA